UAAAUUGAAGGCCUCUCAAUGCUCAUUCACUCAUCAAAACCUCCUCUACCCAAAACCAAAACAACCAUUUAGUAAUCAACAAUGGCAAAAGUUACUCUUCUUUCGCUACUUAUCCCUAUUCUCUACAUUUUAGAUACAGCAAGAUCUGCAGCCACUGCAAGAUCCACUGCCGCUUCCUCAAAUUUCAUUAAGGCCUCCUGUAGAACCACUACCUACCCUGUAUUAUGUGUAGAAUCUCUCUCAGCAUACGCUCCUUCAAUUCAGCAGAACCCACGCCAAUUGACCGAGGCUGCCUUGUCCGUGAGCGUAGCCAGGGCUCAGGCCACCAGGACAUUCGUGUACAAGCUCACAAAGUUCAAGGGAGUUAAGCCCAGAGAAAGGGAAGCCAUUAACGACUGUUUAGAGGAGAUUGAUGAUACUGUUGAUAGACUUAGCAAGUCUUUUAAAGAAUUAAAGAGCGCUAAAGGUAAGGACUUUCAAUGGCACAUGAGCAAUGUUGAAACUUGGGUUAGUGCUGCUUUGACUGAUGAGAACACUUGCGUUGAUGGCUUUGCCGGUAAGGCCUUGGAUGGGAAGCUGAAGGCUUCUAUUAAGGCAAGGAUUGUUAAUGUUGCUCAGGUCACUAGCAAUGCCCUUUCUUUGAUUAACAAGUUUGCCUCCAAGCAUUAGUUAGAUGGUUUGGGUAAGGAAAACUUUGAUUAUAAAUAUGUUAAACUUUGUUGAAGUAACUUCUCAACUCCAUCUUCAUGGGUCUAGUUUUGAUCGUAUGUAUGUAUGUAUGUAUGCAAGAGUUUUACUUUACUUUCUAUAAAGGUUUUUGAGUGAUAUAGUAUAAUUUGAAAACAAAUCUGCUUUCCCUUUCUUUUGCUUGUUUCUUUUCUUCCUGAAUGCCUCUGUAUGUAGAUCUAGAAGCAAUGAUCUCUGGCUUUUGGAAAUGCAAUUGGGUUAGAUAUUCUGCUA